AUGGCGGGGCGGCUGUGGCGGCUCUGCAAUCUCCUCAUGGCCGCCUUCUUCGGGCUGGCGGCCGCCGUGCAGGUGAACGAUCCCGACGCCGGGCUGUGGACAGUUGUCUACUUAGUGCCAGCUGCCCUGACACUGCUUGUCAGCAUUAACCCUUCAAUAACAGAUACUGGUGUUUGGAGGAGCCUCUGUGACCUUCAUUCUGCUGGUUGCAUUGUUGGGACCAUUGCCUUGGCUUGCUCUUUGUUUGCUUACGCUCAAGGAAACAUUUUGCACGAAGAGGAAGGCAGAGAGUUGUUUGGUCUGGUGAUUAUUACAAUAUGGAUGAGUCUUUGUCGCAGUUCAGCAAAGAGUCCACUGGGUGGAGUUCGCUUGAUUGCUGCUAUCGUGGUUACCCUCUUCCCCUUUGUUUCUUGGCUGUACAUUUAUGUGAACAAAGAGAUGCGAGCAUCUUGGCCAACGCACUGUAAAACAGUGAUUUAAUUGGGUGGGAGAAAGCAUGGAAUAA